AGGCUGCCAAGUUUUAUCAGCACAAGCUAGAGUGGUGCACCUCGUACCUGGAAAAUCUUCGCGAGCGUGCCGAGCAAAUGGCCCGCACUGGUGCCUGGCAAGUACCCGAUAUUGCCGACGACACUGAAAACUCUUCCUCGGAUCAAGAGUCUAUCCAAGACGACGACUCCGACUCGGAGGACCACGAACGUCUGACUGAAGACAUCCGUCGCCACCGCAAAAAGAGCCGCUCGAGCCGUUCCAGCGAUCAGAGCGAAAGUGGCGUGUACGACGCUGCCGAUUUGCACCGUCCCCUCAUUUUUGAAGAAUAUUUGUACGCCAAGAAGACCAUCCAAGAUUUUCGUCGCGAAAUCCGCCUCUUGACGGAGUUUGCGUCGCUCAACUCAACGGCGGUGCGCAAAAUUGUGAAAAAGUACGACCGCCGUGUCGGCACGUCGCUGCUCGAGGCGUAUCUGGAAAAGUGCAAAGCCCACGAGCAGUGGAAGUGCCUCUGGUCCCGUGUCGAAGCUCAGCUGUUGGUGGACUGCGACGCCUUGCUGGCCCAAGUCACCGACAUGAAGCCCCACGAUGCCAGCUGGGAGGGCCGCAAGGUCUUUUCCAUCGGGUGCUUUGACCUCUUCCACCGCGGCCAUGAGAACAUGCUGCGCAUGCUCCGAGAAUUUGGCACCUUUGUCGUCGUCGGCGUGCACGACGACGAGAGCUACUUUAAGCUCAAGAACAAAAAGACCAUUCACAACACGCAGCAGCGCGUUGAGCACGUCAAGAAUUUUGCCGACAUGGUCUUUGUCAUUCCCGAUACCAAUCCCACGCCUUGGAUUCGCGCCAUGGUGUCCAAGCAAGACGUCGAGGCCGGUCGCGUUUGCUACGUGCGUGGCGAAGACAUGAUUGACUUUCCCGGUCGCGACUUUGUCGAGGCCAACAUGCCCGUCUUCUUCCUGCCGCGCAGUGAAGGCGUCAGCAGCACCCUCCUCCGCACCAUCUACCACGAUCAAGAUGCCUCCAAGGCCGAAAAGGCCGCCUUUGCCCGCACCGAUGCCACCGGCAAGCCCAUUCUCGAAGAAGGAUGAUCACGUGCAUGGGCGCCCUCUUCUUCUCUUGUUUGAUUUUGGGGUCUUGUUGCUUGGGUUGUUCUGAUAAAAAAAGUUUUGGUUGAAAUCUAGAGUUAUGAUUGGGGGCGUUGGCCCCGUGAUUUGUCGUCAUGGCUGGAGUCCCCCCUGGUGGGGGAUGAGCACAACAAGAGCCGUGUUCCUUGGCUCCCCGGGCAAUGGUCCCGAGGCCAGCCAUGUUGUCGUGUUUGCGCUUGCCCAUGAGUCCAGGCCCCUGAGCCAAAGGGCUUGAUAUACUGCCAACGAGCGAACCCACGUUGAGGAUGAUGAUAGCUGGCUAUUCCUCUCGUCCAACUCGGCAAGCUCCCGUCUAUUUUGUAUGAUUUGGCUUUAUUUUGGCUAUUGAAAGUGUGUCGAGUCUUGAGCAAUUGACCCGAAAGUACG